AUGUCCAAGCUCAAGGGUCUCUUCCGUAAGAAGAAGGACGCCGAGCUCGAAGAGGACGACGACUCCGAGGAAGACUUGACCGAGGAGGAGAACGCCGCUCAGGCUAGGGCUUCGGCGCAUAUCGAUCCUGCGAACGAUACCACCGACCCGACCCCCUUCUUCCAGAAGCCUCUCGUCCUCGCCUCUCUGGUCGACCCGAAGAACCUGGAAGACCUCGAAGCUAUCGGAGGGACCGAGGGACUGCUCCACGGACUCGGAGUCGAUGGGACUCGCGGUCUCAACGUCGACGGUUCUCACAGCGCCGGUAACGGAGGUCCAUCGAUGAUGGACGCUCAGUUCAAGGCUUCUCUGGAGGACAGGAAGAGGGUCUACGGAGACAACAUCUUGCCUACCAAGAAGACCAAGUCGUUGUUGCAAUUGAUGUGGAUGGCCAUGAAGGACAAGGUCCUGAUCAUCCUCGGUAUCGCCGCCCUUAUCUCGCUCGUCCUCGGUAUCUACCAAUCCGUCGGUGUGGACCACGACCCGAUCCCCUACCUCGAAGGGGGUUGCACCAACCCCGCUGGUUGCGAAGAACCUCAGAUCGAAUGGGUCGAGGGUGUCGCCAUUCUUAUCGCUGUUACCAUCGUCGUCUUGGUCGGAUCUGUCAACGAUUGGCAAAAGGAGAGGCAGUUCAAGAAGUUGAACGAGAAGAAGGACGACAGGAUGAUCAACUGUAUUCGAGGUGGAACUAGGAUGACUAUCAACACCAAGGACAUUCUCGUCGGUGACAUCUGUGUCGUCGAGACUGGUGAAAUUCUUCCCGUCGACGGUGUCUUCCUCCGAGGUCACAACGUCAAGUGCGACGAGUCUGGUGCUACCGGUGAAUCUGACCUGAUCAAGAAGGCUUCCUACGAAGAGUGUAUCGAGGAGCGCAACUCGUUGCCCCCCGGAAAGACCCUGAAGAAGGACUGUUUCUUGAUCUCCGGUGCCAAGGUUACCGAGGGUGUCGGUGAAUACGUCGUCAUCGCCGUCGGUACCAAGUCUUUUAACGGUCGUUUGAUGAUGGCCCUUCGAACCGAUGCUGAGAGCACUCCCCUCCAGCUCAAGCUCAACAGGCUUGCCGAGCUCAUCGCCAAGUUCGGUGCCUCGGCCGGUCUCACCUUGUUCUUUGCCUUGUUCAUCCGAUUCUGCGUCCAGCUCAAGGAGGACCCCGACAGGACUCCCGAUGAGAAGGGUCAGGAUUUCAUCUCGAUCUUGAUUAUCGCCGUCACCUUGGUCGUCGUCGCCGUCCCCGAAGGUUUGCCCCUGGCCGUCACCCUCGCCCUCGCCUUUGCCACCAAACGUAUGACGGCGGAAAACUUGCUCGUCCGAGUGCUCGCCUCUUGUGAGACUGCCGGAGGUGCCAACGUCGUUUGUACCGACAAGACCGGUACCCUCACGCUCAACGAGAUGCAGAUCGUCGCCAUGUCGCUCGGUGUCACCGCCAAGGGAGUUCGUCGAUUGGAAGAGAACCCGCAGAGGACCAACGCCAACAAGGUCGAGGACGAGAACGGUGUCGCCGAGAUCGAGAACACCCGAACUGGCCGACCGGAUUUCACUUUCGACCUCUCCGAGCUCAACCAGAUCGCCACUCCCCAGAUGCAACAGCUUUUGAACGAGUCUUUCUGUAUCAACUCGACCGCUUUCGAGGAGAUUGACAAGGAGACUGGCAAGGUCGGCAUCAUCGGAUCCAAGACCGAGGCUGCCAUGCUCUUGCUCGGUCGAGAGGUCGGAUGGACCGGUGCUACCGACCUCCGUGCCGCUGCUACCGUACACCAGGUCUUCCCCUUCAGCUCCGAGGUCAAGGCCAUGGCCACCGCCAUCACCUUGCCCAACGGAAAGAUCAGGUUGCUCGUCAAGGGUGCUUCCGAAAUCUUGCUCAAGGUCUGCACUUCGCACGUCGACAUUGACGGUCCUUCGAACGCUGCUUCCGACAUCAAGGUCGUCCGAUUCAACGAGGAGACCAUGACCAACUUGCAGAGGACCAUCUACUUUUACGCUUCGCAAUGUCUCCGAACCAUCGCCGUCUGUUACAAGGAUUACGAGCCCGGUACUUUCCCCACCGCCGACGGCGAGCAGGAGUUGCUGUUGGCCGACCUCGCCAAGGACUUGACCAUGAUCACCGUCGUCGCCAUCGAGGACCCUCUCCGACCGGGAGUCAUCGAGUCGGUCUCCAAGUGUAACAAGGCCGGUGUCGCCGUCAAGAUGUGCACCGGAGACAACGUCCUUACCGCUCGAUCGAUCGCCAUCCAGUGUGGCAUGUACACCCCUGGCGGGAUCGUCAUCGAAGGUCCCGCUUUCCGAAGGCUCAGUCACCAGGAACGUCUCGAGAUCGUACCCCGUCUUCAGGUCAUGGCCCGUUCGUCUCCCGAGGACAAACGUCUCUUGGUAGAGUCUCUGCGAGAGCUCGGCAACAUCGUCUGUGUCACUGGUGAUGGUUCCAACGAUGCUCCGGCCCUCAAGGCUUCCAACAUCGGUUUCGCCAUGGGUAUCUCGGGUACCGAGGUCGCCAAGGAGGCUUCCGACAUUAUCGUCAUGGACGACUCGUUCGCCUCGUUGACCCUCGCCAUCAAGUGGGGUCGAUGUGUCAACGACUCGGUCCGAAAGUUCUUGCAAUUCCAGCUCUCUGUCAACGUUACCGCCGUCGUCUUGACCUUUAUCACCGCCGUCGCCUCGGACGAGGAGGAGUCUGUCCUGUCCGCCGUACAGCUCUUGUGGGUCAACUUGAUCAUGGAUACUUUCGCCGCCCUCGCCCUCGCUACCGACCCUGCUUCCGAGAGGUCGCUCGACAGGCAACCCGAAAAGGCCACCGCUCCCUUGCUCAACAUUGACAUGGUCAAGAUGAUCCUCGGUCAAGCUUGUUACCAGAUCGUCGUCUGCUUCGUCCUCCACUGGCGUGGACACGACAUCCUCGGUGACGAGCCCGGUGGCGGAAACUCGCAGCUCAAGACCUUAGUCUUCAACUCUUUCGUCUUCUGCCAAAUCUUCAACAUGAUCAACUGUCGAUCCCUCACUAGCGACCUCAACUUCUGGCACGGUAUCCACAGGAACCGUUGGUUCAUGCUCAUCUUCCUCAUCAUGGUCGGUGGUCAGGUCUUGAUCGUCUUUGUCGGAGGAGCCGCCUUCUCGGUCACUCGAAUCGGUGGACGAGACUGGGGUAUUUCGAUCGUCAUCGGAUUGCUCGCCAUCCCCUGGGGAGCCUGCAUCCGACUCAUGCCCAGUGGACCUCUCUACCGCCUCUUGGUCAAGCUCAGGAUCUACCCCGAUCCCAACGCUCUCCCCGAGAUUUCGCAAUCCGCCGACUACAACAACUUCCAGUACGCCGAGCCCGUCUACCAGACCCGAAGCAACCUCGACCUCUUCCGAUCCAUUCGAUCCGAGAGCCGUCUUCGUGCCUCGCCCAUGGUCCUCAAGUCUCGACGAAGGAGGAUGAAGGAUGCCAAGCUGCAGUACCCUACCUUGCUCACCAUGGCUCCUUCGCUCUUGCUCGGUUCCGUCGCUGCCGGUCAGAACUGGUUGGCACCCUUGGACAAGCUCGGAGAGGCCACCGAGCAGCAGCAAGCUAGCCAGCCUUCUCAGCCCGCCUCGGGCAAGUUGAGCUUCCACCCGGAUUCGGACAAGAACGAUCCGAUCUACCAGAAGUACUCGAAGAUUUAG